CGAGACAGAGGAACAAUGAUCUAAUGUAGAGAUUAAAAUGUAUUUACAGCUGGUACUGAUGCUCACAGCUACAGCAGCUGCAGGGAAACAACCAUCUCAGUUCUUGGUCAGAGUUGGUGAUGAAGUGACUUUGCCUUGUAAAGACGUGACUGAUGGUCAGAAUAAAUGUGACAGAACUACUUGGAUCUUCCGUUCAGUGUCAACAGUGACGCUGUUUGAAGCUGGAAAUAUUAAUUUAAAUAUAUCAGACAGACUGAAUGUCCCUGUUAACUGUUCUCUGGUCAUAAAGAAGGUCAGCAUGGAGGACUUUGGUCAAUACAUCUGCAGACAGUCGACAUCAGGACAACAAGAACCAAACUCCUCUGUUCAUCUGUCUGUAGUUCACUUGACUGAACAGAAGAUCAAUGAUUCUGUCGUCUUAAACUGCUCUGUGGUGGAUUAUAACUUUCAUAGACACACAGUGGAGUGGCUGCAUGAGGGGGAAGGAGAAACAUCAUCAGAUUCAAAACCAUCACCACCCGUCUAUCGUUCUACUGUGAUCCUGACGACUUCCUUUCAUCAAAACUCAACAUUUUUUAGCUCUAUAAAAUGUAACGUCACAAAUAUCUCAACUAGAGAAGUUCAGCUUUUCACCUUCAGCCACCAGUCAACAGAUCAGAAAACAGAUCAGAAAAUAGAUCAUAAUACAGGUUGGACUUGGUGGCAUAUUGUUGUUCCUGUGGCUUCAGCAGUUAUCUUAAUAAUCAUUCUGGUUUUCAUCAAGUGGAAGAAAACUAAAGGAAGUGAAAUCAAGAAGGAAGAAAACGUGCAGGAACCGAUCUUACAGCCUGAAGUCACAGUUUUGGAGCCAGAAACCAGUGAAGCUGUGGUUGAACCUGAGGGGGGGGUGUACUACGCCUCAGUCUGCUACGCCAAGAAGGCCAAGGGGAAAGCACAGGUUCAUUCCUCCGUGGAAAACUCUCCUCCUGAAGAUCCCGCUGCUCAAGAAGCCGUCUACGCCGUAGUCAAAAAAACAGAAACAGCUGAUGUCACUGAGUGAAAAUGUUUUUAAAAAAAUAUUGGUUUUGGUUUUCAAAAAAGUUUGCUAAUGUUUUCUAAAAAACCUAAACUAGAGCUAUUAUCACCAUUUUACUAGCCUGGCCAUUGUCUUGCAGCGCAAUUCUACUUGAUUCUCAUCUCCCUUCACUGUGCAGUCUGGGAUUUCUCCCAUAGAAGUGGAUUCCUCUGGUACAACUUUAAUCAGGCCAAUCAGUGCACAGAAGGACCGUUAGGACCGUUGAUGUCGAUUUUCUGUGCUGUUUUAUAAUUAAGUGUUAGCAGUGGCAGGAUCUUAACGAAGCCGUUCAGUCUGUGUUUUCCAUGCUUCCAAAUACUGAAGUGACAAUAACACCCAUCAAUAAUCGCCAUCUGUUUUUUCCAAAUUAUCCAGUUUGCUUUUCCACAAAAGCAAACAUUUUUGCAUAAUUUUAAACAUUUUAUCCAAUAAAAGUUUUAUUCUGAGUUAUGUGGAGGAUCAGAGAGAGUUUAACCACAGAAUUAUUAUUUAUCCUAGUAACUCUACAGAUACUAAGAGCUGUUGGUAGGGCCUACGAUGGACAAGGUGCAGGGUGACCCCACCUCUCACCUGAAAUGUCUCGCUGGAGAUGGGCAGCAGCACCACUCCUGACCCCACAGGGACAAGAGUAUAAGAAGAUGGAUGGAUGG